AUGGUAUCUGCAAGUUGGCUGUUGAAUUAUAAAUUGAAAAAAGAGACAUCUGAAUUAACCAAUCGAGUUACCUCAAAAGAUCUAAAGAGCUGGAGCGAUCAUAUUAUUGAUAAAGCUCCAAAAACUCCAGAAUUAAAAAUUAAAUGUUCUUAUUUGAUACUUGUCGGUUCAAAAUCUGAAGAUGAACUUGUUAGUGGGUUGGAUGCUAAUAAUAUUAAG